CCUCUGGUGGAAGCAUGACGGACCACCUGGUAGGUCUUGGGGCGGUGUCGCUGCUGGCUGUGAUGGAGCAAGUCUAUUUUUCUCUGCAGGUGGUCUAUGCUCGGAGAAAGUACUCGGUGACCCCUCCUUCUACCUCUGGUCCUCCCGAGUUUGAACGACUUUACAGAGCGCAAGUCAACUGCACAGAGUAUUUCCCCAUCUUCAUCACGCUGCUGUGGACUUCAGGCCUCUUCUUCCACCCAGGUGUUUCCACGUUGUGUGGGCUGCUGUACCUGUACUCCCGCUACCGCUACUUCAGUGGUUACUGCCAGUCCUCCCGGCAACGGCUGGCUCCUUUGUAUUUUGGUGCCAAGGUUCUGUGGGCUCUGAUCGGCUUCUCCUCUCUGGGGGUGCUCGGCUCGUUCAGCCGUCUCUACGCCGGGGUUGACCUGGUGGACCUGGCCUCCUCCUGCCUGAUUCCUCACGCCCCCGUUGACCUCUGACCCAUGACGCCUGAUCACAUCGACCCAGAUCUUUUCCUUGACUUCAACCUCACCCGUAGCUAUUGUUGCACAAUUCAAACAUUUGUUUACCCAAAUAUUUAAGAUAACGCUAAGCUUUACUUUCUGUAGUCCAACAUAACAUUUCCAUCCCAGCAGUCCUAACUCCAACCCAUGUAAUAAUAAUAAUACAUUUCAUUUAGAGGCUCCUUUCAAGACACCCAAGGUCACCUUACAGAGCAUAAAGUUAUCAUAAAUUGUUUAAAAACAAGACAUUGUGGAAAAAUAAUAAUAAUAAUAAAUAAAUAAAUAAAUGAUUGUGUCCUUAUCGUUUUACAAUUUCAACCGUCCCUCAGACAGAUCUUUAGGAUAUCACAAAAAUACGCUUUCAGUGGAACAACACAUCGAACUCUGGCCUGCAGUCCCCUCUUCAGCUCACGUUUCCACCGUUCUCUUCCUGCAACCACUUCCACAACUUCAGAGCAAGACCUCUCCUGUUUAUCAGCCUUAUUUCAGAGCAAGACUUCUCCUUGAGCGAGAAUUGGUUGGACGCAGUGGCAAACUGACCGGAUAAAGCCAAAGGUAAAGAUAAAAAAUGACUCCCCAAUUAUUUUUGGGGACGCUUUACAGAAUGUUGUCACACUAAUAAUAUCAAUCUAAGCCAAGUGGCCGAAACAAGAAUAAUUCUGGAGGCUUAUUUGUUCAUACAAAGUGGGUUAAUAAAGACAAAAUACAGAAAUCAAAAGGGCAAAGUUUU